AUGGCUGCUCGUGAUCUCCUCUUCAACUUGUUUCUCAUUGGCAUUUUCUGUAUUAAUCAUGCAUGCAACCAGAUAGACCGCGACUGUCUCUUGUCCUUACCCUUCGAUACAUCAUCUCCACGUUUAAAUUGGUCUAAUUCCCUUGAUUGCUGUCAUUGGGAAGGUAUUUCUUGUGAUCAUUCAGCUCGAGUCACCCAUAUUUGGUUACCUUUUAAAGGUCUCAGAGGGAGACUGUCUCCCCUUCUUGGAAACCUCACACGUCUCUCUCAUUUCAACCUCUCUCACAAUUCAUUUUCAGGUCCCCUCCCAACUGGAAUCUUUUCAUCCUUAAAUCAACUUGAGGUCCUUGAUUUGAGCUACAACCAACUAAAUGGAGAUAUAUCACUCCAGUUUGCAUCGAAUGGUUCAUCAAAUGGGUUGCCUUCCUCGAUUCAAAUAGUUGACCUUUCUAGCAAUGACUUCAAUGGGUUGAUCCAAUAUUGGCUCCUCCAACAAGCUUGGAAUUUGACCAAGCUCAAUGUCAGCCACAAUAGUUUCACAGGUCCUAUUCCUUCCUCUCUUUGCAUCAACUCCCCCUUUGUCCGACUCCUUGAUUUUUCUUCCAAUAAUCAUAAUGGAGAAAUUCCCAAGGGACUAGAGGAAUGUUCCAGACUAGAGGUUUUCAGAGCAGGUUUUAACUUUCUCUCAGGAUUUCUUCCAGAAGAUCUCUACGGUGCAUCAGAAUUAGAAGAAAUCUCCUUACCUUCUAAUAACAUUUCAGGAUCCAUCAGCAAUAGCAUUGUGAACCUUACCAAACUCAUCAACCUUGAGUUAUAUGACAAUGAAUUGAGUGGAAAGCUACCAAUGGAUAUGGGAAAGCUCUCCAAAUUGAAGCAUCUACUCCUCUAUACAAACUUCUUAACGGGUGCUCUGCCGCCAUCUCUAAUGAAUUGCACAAAUCUCGUGACCUUGAAUUUACGCCACAAUUUCUUUGGUGGAGAUAUCUCCACCCUAAACUUUUCUACUCUUCAUCAACUUACUAUACUCGACCUUUGGAAAAAUGAGUUUACUGGCACUUUGCCAGUGAGCCUUUUUUCAUGCAAGUUCCUAAGAGCAAUCCGACUUGCUAGUAACAAACUCGGAGGACAAAUUCGACCAGAGAUUGUUCAAUUGAAGUUCUUAGUUUUCCUUUCACUCAGUUACAACACAUUAACCAACAUCACAGGAGCAGUCAAGAUUCUGGCACAUUGCAAGACUCUCAACGUACUCCUCCUUACUGGAAAUUUUCUGAACGAGGCCAUUCCAACAGAUGACAGCAUAGUUGGUUUCGAUGGAUUCAAAAGUCUCGAAUAUUUGGGUCUUACUCAUUGUAAGUUGACUGGUCAAAUACCCACAUGGCUAUCUAAGCUUAAGAACUUACAAGUCUUGGGUCUAAGCUUCAAUCGUAUCACAGGCUCAAUUCCUGGUUGGUUGUCGACUCUUCCGAGGCUCUUUCGUUUAAACUUAUCUGAUAAUCUGAUUUCAGGUGAAUUCCCAAAAGAAAUUUGUGCAUUGCCAACGUUAGUAUCAGACCAGGCUCCCAUAGACGAUAGUUCUUUGAUUUUAUCCAUUUUUGCCACAGUGAAUGGUACCUUUCUUGAGUUCAGUUCCCUCUCCAACUUGGGACCAUGGAUAUCCGUUGCAAACAACAAUCUUAGUGGCAACAUUCCCAUUGAGAUCGGUCGAUUGAAGCAGCUUCAUGGAUUGAAUUUUAGCCAUAACAACUUCAUAGGCAACAUUCCAGACCAAAUAUCAGAGCUUACAAACUUAGAAAGACUUGAUCUAUCUGGAAACCAAUUGUUUGGCGAAAUACCAGCAUCGCUAUCAAGGUUGCAUUUCUUGCAUCAGUUUAGUGUUGCAAACAAUAAUCUCCAUGGAGCUAUACCUUUAGGCACUCAACUCCAGAGCUUUGACGCCUCUGCAUAUGAAGGCAAUCCUCAACUUUGUGGUGCCCCUCUUCCCCAUGAGUGUGCCUCUAUUAUUGGUAACAACAACGACAUUCAAAAGGACAAAGAUGGACUUGGAUUUCGAUGGCUUCAUAUUAGCACGGUGCUUGGCUUCAUUACAGGAUUUUUGGGAAUACUCAGAUCAGACCCAAUGGAGACAGAGGAAGCUGUUCUCCGAUUGCCUCCUUUCCCUAUUACCACCAUGCCAAAUCCCACCCCUAAAUGA